ACAAAAUAUUAACCAACCCAAGUAUUAUGAAACAUCCAUAGAAGAAGCAUAGAGCAUCGAACAAGAACCACAUUACUCUUACAGGACAAAGUCUACAAGAAAUAAUCUCCACGAGCAUGACGCUUGACCUCACCACUCUAGAUGCUCAUGCGCAACCGGAUGAUGAGCUUAAGGCCACUUGGAAAAGAUACUCCAAGACUGACCAUGCGGACUUCAUCAACCACCCCGAUAUAGAUGAAUUAGAUCCUACAAAAGAUGUGGGCGAAUUUCAGCUGGCAGGACAUAUCCCUAGAGAGAAGCUCAUAAGCUCGUUUAAGCAACUAGAAGAUGCGAAUUGGGACGAAACCCGAAUAUCUCAAGAUGCCCCCUUUUACUUUCACCCCUUACUCCCAGGUCUUCUCAUAUUCCCUUCUCUGAUACCUCCGAGCACGCAAAAAGCACUUCUGUCUCGGAUGAUUCAUAGGGAUCUGAGCAACCCCACCCACCAGACUAACCUACAUCUGCACUAUGAUCUUCCCUACCGAGAGGAAGAAUAUAAGGAGAAUGAUACAAGCCGAUCAUUCUUCUCUUAUUCUCCAGAAUCCCCCGCAAAAUUCGUGCCGAAGGAUCCAAAUGUACACAAACCCUUAUCCAUCAAACAGGUACUUGAGCGACGAUUAUCUUGGGUAACACUCGGGGGCCAGUAUGAUUGGACCAAUCGAGUAUAUCCUAACCAGCCUCCUCCCGGAUUUCCCCCUGAUAUUGCCACUCUUCUUCAGACGCUUUUCCCUGAUACCCUCGCUCAGGCUGCCAUCGUCAACUUCUAUACCCCGGGAGAUACGAUGAUGAUGCAUCGAGAUGUGAGCGAGGAAUCGGAUAAAGGCCUUGUUAGUCUCAGCAUCGGAUGCGACGCGUUGUUCAUGAUUGCGCCUAAUAACUACAAAAACCAUGCUUCUUCAGAUAAAGAGGAAGGGGGUAAGUCAGAAAAGCCUUACCUUCUGCUCCGGUUACGAUCUGGUGAUGCUAUCUACAUGAGCCAGGAAUCUCGCUAUGCUUGGCAUGGUGUACCGAAAGUUCUCAAGGGCACAUGUCCUGAUUUCCUGGCUGAUUGGCCGGCAGAAGAUGGCAAAUUUGAGGAAUGGAAGGGUUGGAUGGGAAAUAAACGCAUCAACUUAAACGUCAGGCAGAUGAAGGACUAAAUCUACACUUUUAAUGGGAUUCACCUUAUGCCACCCCACGCCUGCCAAACAAUCUCUACGUGAAUACUCAAAGAGUACCCCUUUCACAUUUUAACC